AUGAGGCACAUCCACACAGAGACCUCCCUGCCCCCGGAGCACAGCACGGACCCCAGCCUGUCCUCGCCUGGUGGAGAGGGGCCCUUGGAGCCCCCCUCGCAGCAGUGCACCCACCGCAGCAUCCUCAUGGGCUACAAUGAGACGGAGAUCUAGCGCCAGAAGGUUUACCAGGUCUCCAUCUUCUCCCACCUCUCCAGCUCCCCUGAGAGCACGGAGCAGCGGGCAGGCAGCCGGCCGGCCAUCAAGAGGGGUUACCCUGAGCAGCGGGUUCCCGAGGGGGGACGAGAUCCCAAACGAACUCCCUGGGGUGGCGGGGGGGGGACCAGCAAACGUGACGGGAGCCCCGGGCAGGCUCCUGUGGAUGAUGACAACACCUUUGAAGAUGGUCUGCUGGUGGAGGAGCUGUCCCUGUGUGGCUCUGCCCAGCACUUCUCCCACAGCGGGCUGCGGGUGGUGGAGCACCGCUGCGAGGGCAGCCCAAGCCACAGCCCCAAGGCCAGCAGGGAGGACAAGUCCCAGGAUGUGUCCUUCUCCCCCUGGCCCCAGCACAUUGCUUGCAGUACUUUGCACAAGAGAGAUAGUUGUACUGUCUCAUCGGGGGAUCAGCCUACAGACUACGGAGAGAAUGGGGAACGGGCAAGUGGCCACAACUUACUUCACCUUGAUUUGCACAAUAUUGCACAAACAGCCCAGUUGGACUCCAGUGAGAAGAGAGAGAAGCCAGGGAGCAGCCCAACUUACAGCAGUGGGGCUGGUGGGGAAGAGGAAGGGCCGGUGGUGGCCAGCAGGAGCAGUGAGCCCCCAGCUCUGCAGACAGUGCUCAGCCCUGAGCCCAGCAACCUGAGCUCCCUGGAGAAAACUCCCUGUGGGAGCAACCAGCUCAGUGGUAGCAGCAGCUGCCCAGCCAAAAGGAAGCUGCUGCCCGCUGGUGAGGUUGUGGCUGACUCCUGCUCUGAGGAUGAGGGCCUGUCCCCUCCAGCAAGGAAGAAGAGGGUCCUGCCAUGCCAUCCAGUGCCCACGUCCUGCCGCAGCACGGAUGCCAAGGGGGCCCCGUUCUGGAAUCACCUGCUUCCCAUGGCCAAGAGCUCUGCGGACUGCACUGCGGUCGGGAGGAGGCUCAAGAGCGGUCUGCGCCUCAAAUCGCGACAUCUCCGGAGCAGCCUCCGGAGGGGCACCAGGUCCUCUGCAGCACCCUGGGCCACCACCCCCAUCAGCCAUGCUCUGCUGGGCAACUUUGAGGAGUCCAUUCUGAAAGGGCGCUUUGCACCGUCGGGAAGGAUCGAGGGGGGAGUAAUUGACUUGGAGGCCUUGGGAAAGAAGGGUUACAGUGUGCCCAAAGCUGGAACCAUCCAAGUGACCUUAUUUAACCCCAACAAGACUGUGGUGAAGAUGUUCUUGGUGACGUACGACUUCCAGGACAUGCCAGCCAACCACAUGACCUUCCUGCGCCAUCGCAUCUUCCUGGUGCCUGUCGGGGAGGAGGAAGGGGCCACCAGGGGCCUCGGUGACCUCCUGGGGACUGGCCCACCCCGCAGGGUCCUCUGCUACCUGAUGCACCUAAGGUUCCACAGCUCCAAGUCGGGGAAGAUCUACCUUCACAACGACAUCCGGCUGCUCUUCUCACGGAAGUCCAUUGAGGUUGAUUCGGGGAUCCCUUAUGAACUGAAAUCCUUCACGGAGAUGCCAAGGAACCCCUGCUACUCACCCCGGGCCUGA